AGAUUUCAGGUCAAGCUGCAUCCCUUUCGCGCGCCUUUUGCGCGCUCGGGGCCCAUCGCGCCGCUGUGGUGUCCUCGCAUCCAGGCGCGGGUCCUGCCAGAUUCGCUCACAGGCGCUACAGGCUGCCCAGGGGGGCAUCUCCGAAUCCAUGGCAGACGCAAAGGGAAAGGCCAUCACUGAAGAUGUCAUGGCAGAUCUGAGGGGCCUUAAGAUUUGGGAGAAGCUCCGGAAGGGGGAGCUGCACACCAUUAGCAAGGAGAAUGUUUCCGAUUUCUUCAGGGCCUUGGACCAGAAUGAGCAUGGAGAAAUCACAGUGGAAGAGUUGCGGUCUUUGCGGCUUAUCCCUGACCUCCAUCUCGGCGAAGACGACAUCGAGGCGUUGGCCAGGGAUGGCGACAAGGAUGGGAGCGGGAAGCUCAGCCAGGAGGAGUUGUACAAGGCGCUUACACAGGGCGAGGUUGCUUUCAACAUGGUUAAGAGGGCGAGAAUGAAGACACAGUCGAAGGGAAAUGUCUGCGAUCGGGAGACCCUUGUCGAUUGGAUGCGGGACGAGUACGAUACCAUGAGUUCACUGUGUUCGCUUCCGGCGUCGAUCGUCCUCUUUUUAGCAUUUUUCGCAAUGCUCGUGCUGCACUUGGAUAUCUCGUCCGCCUACGACACUCAGAACGGCCUUAAGGCAGAGAUCUUAGGAGAAGGGUUUCCUCUUGCUGACACCAAUCAGGUCCACGACAUCAUGAGUCUUUGGGGCUGGAUGAACAGCUCUCUCGCGGACUGCAUCUUCAAGAACGAUCUCGUCGCCCACCCUUACCCAGGGCGAGUGGCUUCGUACAAUCAGAUCAUCGGAGGAGUCAAACUACAGAGGACGAGUACAGCACCUGCCAGGUGUUAUCAGAGCGAGCAGCUGUUAUCCGUGUUCGAUCCAUCUCGUGGUGGUCUGUGCCACAAGAUGACCGAUGAGCAAACUGACGCACAGUACCUUUUGUAUCAAGAGAAACGUUCCGAUAUUGUUGCUCAGAUUAAUGACCUUGCCGCGAGCGCGUGGCUGAGCCAGAACUCGACGAAGCUGGACGUCAGCAUUCUCUUCCUGAAUUUGCCCAAGAAUGCAUUUACUGCCUUUCAUAUGCUGUUCCAUUUGGGAAACGACGGGUUUGUAAAAAUUACGUUUGAUAUGGAGACUUUCCAGGCGGAGCCCUACAACAAUCUGGCGCGAGCUAUCCCCGACAUUAUCUUCAUGGUCCUAAUUAUCAGGAUGAUUUAUGAAAUCAUGAAGGAAUUGGUGCCAGCUUGUCUCAACGGAUUUGACGGUUUCAUUGAUUAUUUGGGGUUUUGGAAUGUGAUCGAUUGGUUAUCGAUGAUCAUGGCCAUCGUGGUUGCCACAUUGUGGUUGUUGUUCUGUUUUUCUGUGUCUGGUGAGUUGCAGGACUCUAUUACGCAGUUGCCAAUGACAGAACUCAAUGAUCAGAUAAUUCAGAAUGGGACAUGGUUCAGCCCUGCAGAGAUCGAGGCAGUCGUUCCUCGUGCCGAGCUGGAAGACCACAUAGAGAAAGUCCAGGUGAUCAUGGAGUCGCUCAAGAACCAACACUAUCUCAUACGGCAGGUUCUUUUCUUCUAUUCGUUCGUUUUAUUGAUGAAGUUCUUCAAGGCGUUCAGGGCAAAUCCCCGGCUGAACAUCGUGAUUCAAACUAUCACCAGUGCUUUCAUCGACCUCAUUCACUUCUUUUUGGUUUUCAGUCUAAUAUUCUGCGUGUUCUCAGGGUCUGCGCACAUUAUCUUCGGGGCUAACAUGAAGCCUUUCAGCGACCAAUGGUUAUCGGCGAUGAUGUGUUUCCGAAUUCUCAUGGGCGAGUUUGACGUGGACGAGAUGGUGGUAGCGGGGGGGCCAUUGGCAUGGGUGUGGUUCUUGGCGUUCCAGCUGCUGGUCUUUCUGAUACUGCUGAAUUUGCUGCUGGCUAUCAUUGUGGAUUCGUAUGCUGCGGCGAAGGCAAAAUAUGUAGAUCCUAUCACAAUUUGGAGCCAGGUCAAUAAGGCACGUAAGACGAUGCGCGAAACGCGUGGUCAUUUGGAUUUGUGGUACCUCAUUUGCGAGUUCGAGGACGACGAGUACCCUGCACAUCCACAGCCGAAAGUCACAUCCAAAUCGUUACGUAAAGCUUUCGUGAGGGACAAGAUGACCAAGGGCAACGCGGACUACUGCGUCCGAAAGUCGCUCGAGUACUUGAAGGAAAAGGAGGGCGAGCUGGACUUGACGAUCACGGACGCGAUCCGGGAGAUCAGCAAGAUCGGUGUGCAGACGCUGAAGAUCGCAGACCAGACGGAGAUUACGCUGGACAUGAUGAGAGAGGACCGCAAGAGGCCUCAGGAGGCCCGCUUGAAGGCCAUUUGGGACGGCAGUGAAACCAACGAUGUGGCCUCGCCUCAGGUGGCGCAGGGACAGAGUGCUGCGUUUGGCCACGUGCUGCCGUUGCCCUCGGGGUCACCGUCAAUCAUGCCCCUCGGAGCGUCGCGGGGUCAGCUGGCAUUGCCAACCCGGGCUGGGAAUUCCUCCCAUAUUGGCGCAUUCGGCCACAUGCCUGGCACCACUGAAUAUGCCACCAGCAGCCGCAACAGUCGUGAUAUAAUACCGCCUUCUCGCGGUGGUGGUGAGCGUCAACCAUUUGCCCGAAGUGCCAGCGGUGACCAGCCAGCAGCGGGUCCACCUGGUGGUCUCCAGGCUGCUGGUGAGUUGAUGGCCAUGAUGCAGCACAUGCAGGCGACGAUGGACGCCAUGCGCUCAGAGCUGUACGCUACGACGGGCAGUGUCACCCAGCAGCUUCAGGAGCAGCGGACCUUCACCGAAAGGAGGGAAGAGUGGCUCGACAAUCGAUUGAAUCAGGUCGAGAGGCGCUGCGAGAAGGUUGAGAAGGCGAGCGACCGCCUGCACGGCGUCGUGAACAACUGGGAUUUUGACGAGAUGACCCAUUCGCAGAGAAAGAUUCUGGCUCACACCACGAAGCUGACGGACGUGCAGAAGAACACGACGGCAGCCAGAGUGAGGAGAGCCCGAGCCGGGCGACCGCGAGGGAGCCUGGCGCGAGCUCCCCCGUCUCCACGCCGCGCUCUGCGCCGAGCGCGCCGAUGGCCUCGAGCCAGGCACUUGGCAGUUCGCAGCUGAGCAGUGAGCUGGAGGAGCGCAUGAAGGGCAUCAAUGCCCAGCUCGAGAGGACGCUGCUAGAGCACGCGGAGGACGCCACGGAGUCCCGGAAGCUCUUGUGGCGCAUCGAGCUCAAUAUCAAGCAGCUCCGCGGCCAGGCUUGAGUUCGUCGUUUCCAUCAUCGUCACCCUCGUCCUUGCCGUCUUCGUCCUCGUCGUUUUCCCUUCGCGCGCUCCCCUUCCCGCGCUGCACCCUCGCCUCCUGCGGCCUGUCCCGCUGCCCGGCGCCGCUGGCGCUGAGUGCUCACUCAUCGCCCUUGCCCCUCGAUGGGACUGAUCGGAUCCUCCUCAGGGCGACGACUGCUAUACGGAUCCACCGCCCCUGGCCCGGCCCUCCUGGGCCCAGGAUCGGCGCACGUGGUCCCCUGGCCAAGCAGGGGGGGGGGUGUACACCGCUCCUGGUGCAUCUCGCCCUCCUGCCCUCCUCCUUCCUGCCUGUCCCCGCUCGCCCCCGACGGCCAAGGGAGGAGGAAGAGGACGGCCUCCAGCGGCGGG